AUGAUUCUUCUAAACGCUCAGAUUAUUGUUUAUUUUUUUCUUAUCUUUCAAUUUAUAAUCUUAUCCGCUAUUAAUUCGACAACAAUUCAUGAAUUAAAUGAAGCUAUCUUUCUCGAUCCACGUACACAUUCAGCAUUAAUACGAUGUCCAUUAGAUUUUACGCAUAGUUCAGAUAUACAAUGGUAUGAUGUAGCCAAUCAUCGUUAUGAAUCCGAUCGUGGACGUUAUUAUCGUAUUAAUGGUACACAACCAUUUGAUCGAGAAUUUAUUUGUUCAACUAUAUCAAAAAUCGGAGUUGGAAGUAAUGAAAAAUAUCGAAUUAAAAUUCGCACAUAUGAUCAUCCAUUGAAUAUUCGUCAUGCUUUUGUUCGUAAUAUAACUAAUACAAGUAUAACUGUCGAUUGGGAAGAUGAUAGUUAUAAUCGAAAUGCUAAUAUAACUUAUUAUGAAUUAGUAUUAAAAUAUAAUAAUACAAUUCAAUAUCGAACAUUAGUUAAUGGAACAUUAUUAAGUUAUACAUUUCCAUCAUUAUAUCCAAAUACUCUCUAUUCUAUUGAUAUAUCAGCUGUUGAUGUAUGGAAACGUUAUAGUGGUAGUAUAACAAUAAAUAGUACAACAUUAUCAAUGAAUUCAAAUGAAAAUAAAAAUUAUCAAUUUAUUGACCGGCAUAUAAUUGAACAAUCCGUAAUAUGUUAUCGUCUUGAUACACAAUUAUUAUUAGUUGAAUUUAAUCGAUCACAAUUAUUAUCAUCCAAUUAUAUAUAUAAUAUAACAAUAUAUGAUUAUCAAGAUCAUGUUGCAUUAACAGAUAAUCAUUAUGAACAAGAAUUUUCUUCAAUGAAAUCAUUAACUUCAUUUAUCUAUCGUUUAAAACGUAAAAGUUUAACAUUUAAAAUCAAAUUUAUCUUUUCAACAAAUCAAAUGGAAUAUGUUGAAACAAUUGUAAAAUAUUGUGAUGAUUUUCAUCCAAUGUAUUCACCAUUAACUUGUUCAAUUAAAUCAACAGGACCUAAUAAUCAUCAUUUAAUGAUACAUAUGCAAUUAUAUAAUAGUGAAAAACAAAUAUAUUCACUUAAACCAACUAAUGUUUUUUAUCGAACAAGUCGAACACAUUUUAUUAAAAAAAAUAUUUAUGAUAUACAUAAAUAUGUUAGUGCAAAUGUUAUUGAUGUAAAAGAUAAUUAUUCCGUUGUUGUUGAAAAUAAUAUUAUUGAUAAUAAUUCAAAUGAAAAAAUCAAUGUAUCCAUAUUAUGUCCAAUUACUCGAAUAGCUCCUAGUCCUCGUAUACAUGUUAAACGAGAAAAUCGUAUAUUAGGUGGAAUUAUUGCUGGACUUAUUCUAUCAAUAAUAAGUCUUACUGCAUUAGCAGUUUUUAUUGCCUAUCGAAAGGGAUUAAUGCCAGAUUGUCGUCGAAUGAUACUUCGUUAUGUAUAUUUAAUACGUAAAAAGCAUCAUCCAAGAUCAAAUCUUGUUCAAAUAAAUGGUUCCAUAGAAGGAAAUGUUAGUAAUGGAAAUAGUGUGAAUUAUUUUGAUGCAAAUUAUAAAGAAUUUGAUUCAACAUCAAUUGCAAUCAAUCAAUUUGCUAAUUAUGUAGCAAGAAUGCAUAAAGAUGGCGAUUUUGGUUUUGUUCGUUUAUUUGAAGAUAUUUGUGAAGUAUCAAAAAAUUAUACAUUUCCAGCUGAUGUUUCUCAAAUUGAUUAUAAUAAACCAAAAAAUCGUUAUACAAAUAUUUUAACAUAUGAUCAUUCACGUGUGAAAUUAUCAAGUGAAGAUAGAGAUGGCCGAGGGAAUUAUAUAAAUGCAAACUAUGUUGAUGGUCAUCAAAAAGCAAAUGCUUAUAUUGCAACACAAGGACCAAUGCCAAAUACAAUAAAUGAUUUUUGGAGAAUGAUAUGGGAAAAAGAUGUAAAUGUGUUAGUAAUGAUUACGAAUAUAAAAGAACGUGGACGAGUGAAAUGUGAUUUAUAUUGGCCACAAGAAGGUAGUGAAACUUAUGGUACUAUUCAAGUAACAUUAGUCAGUACAAUUUCGUUUGCUUAUUACGUUAAAAGAAUAUUUUCAAUUCGAUGUAAAGCUAAUCGAAAGCGUAUAACGUACGAACGUCUUGUUCAUCAAUUUCAUUAUACUGAUUGGCCUGAUCAUGGUGUUCCAUUAUUUACAUUACCAGUUCUCUCAUUUAUUCGUCAUUCAUCAGCAUGUAAUCCUGAAACAGGUGGACCUAUUGUUGUUCAUUGUUCUGCAGGUGUUGGUCGUACAGGAACUUAUAUUGUUGUUGAUACGAUGUUAAAAAAAAUUCGUGAACAACAUUCAUUAAAUAUUCCUUCAUUUUUAAAACAUAUCCGUCAACAACGAAAUUUUCUUGUUCAAACGGAAGAACAAUUUAUAUUUAUUUAUGAUGUUUUACUUGAAGCAAUUCAAUUAUUAAAUAUUGGUUAUAAUGAAUUAGAAUUAAAUGAUCAAAAUUUUGAUUAUAUUAUACAAAUGUUAGAUUAUUUCGAUAAAGAUUCAAAUCUAACACGUUUAGAUAAACAAUUUCAAUUAGUUGUUUUACAAAAUAAAACAAAUGAUUAUCAAUUAUCAUUUGGACAAAUGGAAGAAAAUCUAGGAAAAAAUCGAACACAAGCAAUUGUACCAUUUAAUCCAUGUAGAGUCAUACUAGCGGCAGAUAGAAAACAACAACCAGGUGGAGAAUAUAUUAAUGCAUCGUAUAUGCAUGGUUGCCAUCGUGUCGAUGAAUUUAUAAUUACUCAACAUCCUAUGAUGAAUACUAUCACUGAUUUUUGGCAAAUGAUAUGGAGUACAAAUACCAGUAUCAUUGUUUCAUUAUAUGCGGAUGAAAAAUCUCAACCGGAUGUACCGGAUUUUUGGCCAUUACCAAGUCAAUUAAUGGAUUGUGGAAGUUUUAGUGUAUGUUUAAUAGAUGAACGUUUUGAAUGUGAAUAUAUAUAUCGAGAUUUUUUACUUCAAUCAACUGAGGAGGAUUAUGAAUUACGAGUGAAAAUUGUCUCAAGUACUUAUUGGCCAGAUGCAUGUUCACCUCUUAAAGCAUCAUUUAAUCUUAUAAAUACAAUAAGAAAAUUACGUAUGAAUACUAAAUCUAGUGGUUCAAUUGUUGUUCAUGAUCUUUUUGGUGGCCAUCGAGCUGCAACAUUUUGUGCUUUAUAUACAAUAAGUGAACAAAUAGAAAUUGAGGGUACAUUAAAUAUCUACGAAUUAGCUAAACUUUAUCAUAUUAAACGUCCUGGUAUAUGGCGACAUAAUGGAGAUCUAUUCUAUUUAUAUCGUUGUGCUGAAGUUCUUUUUCGUGAAAUAAAAUUACCCACAACAUAUAAUCAAAAUCAAACAUCGAGUUAUCAUCGUCGUUAUUUACCACAUCAAUAUAAUACAUCUUCCCAACCAUUAGAUGAACCUAUUCCAAUUACAUCGUAUACAUCAACAUCUAUACAACCAGUAGCUAAUUCAUCAACAUCAUCAUCAUCAGCUUUUGCGAAUGUUGCUCAAACUGUUAUGGAUUCAUUUUCUAAACGACGUCAAAAAUCACGUAGUUAUCGAUCGCAAACAUUAAAAAAAAUACUUUUUCUAAAUAAUGAAUCGCCACUCUGA